CCGCUACGCUAGAUGGCGACAUGUUCUCUUUAUACAUACAUGCAUGCACUUUAAACAUUGUUUGUAGCAGAAGGAGAACUAGGAGGAGGAGGAGGAGGAGGAGCUGGAGGAGGAGACUUUCUUUAACUGUCAAUGGGAGGAUAACGUGAUCUCUGGGGAUUGCUGAUGAAAGUAACGUUACGUGCAGACUCACUCGGGAAGAGGACACCCACAAUUACAGUUCUGAACGUAGCUAGCUAACAUAACUCAUAAAGCCUGAAUGGAUCUUACCGAACAGAUCAACCAGUUGGAGGCAGAUUUGCUGGAGUUGGGGUCACUUUUGGAUAAGGCAGAGAGGAAAAGAGUGCAGGAGCUGCUAAAGCAGGAGCAGCAGAAGGUGGAGAAAGAGCUCUCAGUCAAAAGACAACAGAAAGGGAAACAAGCCAGGAGAGAAGCAGACCAAUCGGCUCCCUCUAAAGCAGCGUACACAGUCAAGAUCAACAGCUAUGCGUGGGACCAGUCGGAGAAAUUUGUCAAAAUUUAUCUUACAUUGAAGGAUGUACACAAAAUUCCAUCAGAAAAUGUGGAGGUCAACUUUACAGAAAGGUCAUUGUCUGUGUUGGUGAAGGAUCUUGAUGGAAAAAACCAUCAGAUGACAAUUCUCAACCUGUUGUUUGCAAUUGAUGAAAAGGACAGCUACAAAAAGAUAAAAACAGACAUGGUCCUGGUCAUGUGCAAGAAGCAGGCAACAAAGCAGUGGGAGUGCCUAACAACAGUGGAAAAGCAGACAAAGGAGAAAGAUAAGCCCAAUAUUGAUGAAAGUGCAGACCCCAGCGAUGGACUGAUGACCAUGCUGAAGAAGAUUUACUCGGAGGGAGACGACGAGAUGAAGAGAACCAUCAACAAAGCCUGGUCAGAGUCCCAAGAGAAGAAAAUUCGAGGAGGAGAAGACAUGAUGGACAUCUGAACUGCCCUCACCAUAUGCCCACAGCAGGACCAAGUGAGAGCUGCCAGGGAUGCACCUGACAUGACUUGAAUAUUAAAUGUUGUACGGAUAUAUCCACAAAAUCUAUGAAUUCAGUGUACAGCUCAUAAAAAAAGGUUCAUGAUUGAUGUCGAAGCCCCAGAAGGCCUCAUUUUGUCCUGCUUUGUAAAUCAGGCUGCCAAUGUCCUGAUAUUGAUAGACCAUGAAGCAGAAACCUUUCAGGUAAUGGCACAGAAAAUAUGUGUACAAGCAUAAUUGCAGUGUCCAGCAGAUGGCAACAUAACAGCAAAAGAUAUACACAUUUUCAUCACUUUUUUUUGUAAUGUCAGAUCUGAUGUGUUAAAAGACCACAAUGCAGUUGUUGUUUUUCCUGAGAUUAAUGUCUGUUAGUAAUUCAUUGUUCAAAUUGGACCUGGGUAAAUUAAAUAUGUGAGACAUGUUCUGUAAAGUCACAUCUUAAUAUUGUUCCUGUGCAGCUAAACUAAGCUGAUAUUUAAGCUGUUUCAAAGUACAUUUGCCAAUGUCAGGCUCAUAUUCCUUUACGAAAAUAGCCAAAGGGCUCUUCUGGCUUCUUUUAAUGUCUUCAUAUAUGAUGGUUUUUUUGUCAUUCCAUAAAUGGCUCAAAUGAUGGCUGCAAAGUCCGUACUGCUCGUGCAUCAGUCCAGUGUAAUAAUCCCCAUUAGUGCAUAGGUCUGUGUCUGACAGAUUUAAUGUAUUUUACCCAUUCCUGUUGCAUUGUGUAAUGCUCUAAACACAUUCUUUGUAAUUCUCUACAAUUUCUUUGGGGAUUUUCCCACUAUAAUUCCUCUUUACAGCUCUGUUGAAGUUGCCUAUUUCCCUCUAGCUUUUGUGAAUUCUGAAAUGUAUGUUUAAUUAUGUUAAUUAUUUACCCUGGCUUAUGUCAUUAUCUUACAUGUAUUGUUGUCUGCUCUUAAUUUGUUCAUGGAGUUCUCACAAAUAUACAUCUGGAACUGAU